AUGUCGACGGCUAAAUCAAGAAAACGAGCUUAUAUAGACGUUGAGAGCAGAUUUGAGAAUAUUGGAUCAAGUGAUGAUUCUGAUGUCUCAGACGAUGAAGGAAAUUCCUUUUAUUCUAAAAGUCUUGUUAGUGAAAAGUUAAUUGAAGAAUGGCAAGAUAAAAUCUCUAAACCCACGCCAACUUUACUUCAUGAUAUUAUCGAUGAUAUUAUCGGUGCUUUUGCUGGCGCAGUUGAACAGAUUCAAGAUAAAUCUGAUGAUACUAAAAUUGCGGUAAAGAACAUUACGGUAUUUAAUGAUCUUGUUAAAUUAUGCCUUUUAAAAAUUGAACCAUCACUUCAAUCAAUUUUAAAUUUACCUCCUACCAAAGACAUUCGCCAUUAUACAAAACCAAAUAAAAGUAGUAAAUGGAAAACAGUCUCAGCAGAUGUCAAAGUCUAUUUAUCGAGUUUAGUGAAAAUGCUAAAGAAUAUAUCUGAGACUUCAAUGAUUGAUAUACUUUUGAAACAUGUUCAUAAGAUGGCGAUAUACUUUUCUAUGUCGAACCGACUGUCCAAAGAUCUUGUUGAACACCUCAUAACAGUUUGGGGUUCGGCAGAAGAUACUACUAGAAUUUUAGCAUUUCUUUGUAUUAACAAACUUAUCAUUAUGCGAGACAACUCAAUAUUGGAAUUGUGCCUCAAAAGAAUGUAUGCAGAAUAUGUAAGUAAUUGUAAAUUCACUUCUCCAACUCUUUUACCAAAUAUUACAUUCAUGCAGAGAUCUCUCGUCGAAAUUCUGAAAAUAGACGAAAAAGUCACAUAUCAGCAUGCUUUUGUUUACAUUCAUCAACAAGCUAUACAUCUAAGAAAUGCGUUAACUUUAAAAAAGAAAGAUCUUUGCCAAACUGUUUAUAAUUGGCAAUAUAUUCGUUGUCUUGAACUGUGGAGUACUCUGGUAAGUUCUUCUCCCCAAAUCACUGUGUUAGAGAAUCUAAUAUACCCAUUAAUUGAAGUGAUUACUGGAGUUAUUAAGUUAGUUCUGAGCGUUCGCUUCUAUCCUCUGCACUUUCAUUGCAUAGCUAUGUUAAACAAAAUUUCUGCCAGUACCAGUAAAUUUAUUCCAACAUUACCCUUUAUCCUUGAAACUCUUGAAUAUUUGGAUUUAAACAAAAAAUGUUCCAAAGUUGCCCUGAAACCGAUAUGUUUUACCUAUGUAUUGAAAAUGACGAAAUCUCAAGUUCAAGAAAAAACCUUCAAAGAUACUGUAAUCGAGCAAGUUUACGAACACAUGUUAACUUGCCUUAACAUCGUUUCCCAUUCGAUCAGUUUCCCUGAGUUAGUAUUUCCUGCGCAAAUUCAAAUAAAGGAUGUAUUAAAGAACUGUAAAGUUCCAAACUAUAGCAAACAAUUAAAGCAGUUAUACGAGAAAAUUGAAGAAAAUUCCAAAUUUAUUUCAACACGUCGUAAUUCUUUCAGCUUGAAUUUAUCCGAUACAAAAGCAAUAAAUUCUUGGGAGAGGCAAUGCAAAGAGCAGGUACCACCUAUUCUGAAAUUCUUCCGAGUUUGGCGAAAGUUAUGCGAUGGAGAAAUUGCGCAUCAAGUAGCAGCCAAAGAUUCUAUUAUCGAUUUUGGAAAUUUCGAGGAUAUCAGAGCCAAAAAGGAGCCAAUUAAAAAAGCAACGCAACAGGAAAAACGAGAGUUUAGCGCUUUAUUUGACAGUGUUGAUAAGUAUAAUUUUGAAGAUAUAUUUAAAUUUGAUUUGAAAAAGAAUGCUGAUUCCAAGAAAAAGAAAGCUGGCGAUAAUGAAAAGAACAUUAAUGGAAAUGCACAAAGCAAGAAAACAAAAACCAGUGAUGAAAACGAGAAGGGUAAUGGGAAUGAACAAAAAAAGAAAAAAUCCAGUGAUAGGAAAAAGGAUGGUAAAAAAAUAAAACCCAAAAGUGUCACUGGUAAAAAGAAAAAACUCAAUAGAUUUGGAGGUUUGAAAAUGAUUUAAGGAAAUGUUGCAACUUUAAGUCUCUCUAUCAAUGGAAAAAUAAACUUGUUUUCAAUCAAA